CCUACAUCUAUUCAACUACCUUCCAGUCUUCUGCAAAACCUCCUAUUAAUAAUUUAAAGAAAGGGAAAUUGUGUUUACAUCACGCCAUGAGCUCACCUCUUCGUCCCAACUACUCCGCUGCGAAUCGCGGCUUAGGCAACCUCAGUCGUCGCAAGCGAUCCAGAGAGCCCGAUGAUGAAACCUCGUCGGUAGCGCCUCCCUCCAGCCCUCCUCCUUCUUCACCUCCUAUGCUUCCAUUUGACGAUGAUAAUGACAGAGAUGAAGAAGAUGAACUCCUUGGGGAUAUCGACGACAUCGAGGAGAUGGCGGAGGAUGAGGAUGGGAUUGAUCUGUUCGCAGACAAUUUCGAGAGAGACUACCGGGAACACACAGACGAUCACUACCGAGGGAACUACAUUGAUGACGAAGAGGAUCACAAUGAACUUGAUCUAGGUGCCCGUCGAGAGCUAGAAGCCCGAUUGAACAGAAGAGAUCGUGAGCUUGAGCGCCGCCGCCGUAUGCCUGCGGCCUUCUUACAAGAUGACGACGACGGAGAUCUGGAUCUCACGCGUCAACCUCGCCGUCGACGACACCAUUAUGAUGAAGAAAAUGGGGAUAUUGAGAUGGUAGAUGAUGCCUUGGAAGAGCUGUCCCUGGAGGAACUGGCCGACGUCAAAGCUUCCAACAUCACAGACUGGAUUGUGCAGCCUCAAGUUCUUCGUUCUAUUUACAGAGAAUUCAAAGCCUUCCUAACGGAGUUUACCGAUGAAGCCGGUACGUCUGUUUAUGGAAACAGAAUUAAAACGCUGGGUGAGGUGAACUCGGCAUCUCUCGAGGUCUCCUACCUACACCUAAGCGAGGCAAAGGCCGCCCUGUCUUAUUUCCUGGCGAAUGAGCCAACUGAAGUUCUGAAAGUUUUUGACCAAGUGGCUCUGGAUGUCACUUUGUUUCACUACCCUCAGUACCAUGAUAUCCACAAUGAGAUUCAUGUUCGAAUCACAGACUUACCGAUUGUGUACACAUUACGGCAGUUACGGCAGUCGCACCUCAACUGUCUUGUCCGUGUCAGCGGUGUGGUUACUCGACGCACUGGUGUAUUCCCCCAGCUGAAAUAUGUUAUGUUCCUUUGCCAGAAGUGCGGGGCUACCCUGGGUCCGUUCCAGCAGGAAGCCAGCGCGGAAGUGAAGAUCUCUUUCUGCCAGAACUGUCAGUCUAGGGGACCGUUUACCGUCAACUCGGAAAAGACCGUUUAUCGGAACUAUCAGAAGCUAACGUUGCAGGAGUCGCCUGGCUCUGUCCCGUCUGGACGACUCCCUCGACAGCGAGAAGUCAUCCUCCUUGCCGACUUGAUCGAUACGGCCAAGCCAGGCGAUGAGAUCGAAGUGACGGGUAUCUACCGCAACAGCUAUGAUGCCCAGCUGAACAACAAAAACGGAUUUCCGGUCUUCGCUACUAUUUUAGAGGCAAAUUAUGUCAUCAAAUCUCACGACCAGCUGGCUGGUUUCCAAUUGACAGAGGAGGAUGAGCGGGAGAUUCGUGCCUUAUCUAGAGACCCUGAGAUUGUUGACAAGAUCAUCCGAUCUAUUGCCCCGAGCAUCUACGGCCAUGAGGAUGUCAAGACGGCAGUGGCCCUGUCGCUCUUUGGCGGCGUCAGCAAGGAAGCACAGGGUAAGAUGUCCAUUCGCGGAGACAUCAACGUACUUCUCCUAGGUGAUCCGGGUACGGCCAAGUCCCAGAUAUUGAAAUACGUUGAAAAUACGGCCCACAGAGCCGUUUUCGCAACAGGUCAAGGUGCCAGUGCUGUCGGUCUCACAGCCAGCGUCCGUCGCGAUCCCUUGACCUCUGAGUGGACGCUUGAGGGUGGUGCCCUGGUCCUGGCUGAUCGCGGAACAUGCUUAAUCGACGAAUUCGACAAGAUGAAUGACCAAGAUCGCACCUCUAUUCACGAAGCAAUGGAGCAGCAAACCAUUUCAAUCUCAAAGGCUGGUAUUGUCACAACACUGCAGGCCCGCUGCGCUGUCAUCGCCGCCGCAAACCCCGUCGGAGGCCGCUACAAUAGUACAAUCCCCUUCGCCCAGAAUGUCGAACUCACGGAGCCUAUUCUAUCUCGUUUUGAUAUCCUCUGCGUCGUCCGGGAUAUGGUUGAUACUAACGAAGAUGAACGCCUGGCCAAAUUUGUUGUCGAGUCCCACCACCGCGCCAACCCUACCCGACCACAGCGCAACCAAGACGGGGAACUGGUCAACGCCGACGGCGAACGCAUCGAUGACGAAGGCUACCGUAUUGACAAGAAGGGAAAUCGCCUCCCUCUGAGGCCAGAGGAGAUUCAAAAACGUGAAGCGGAGCAGCAAGCGCAAGAAGAGGAGAAAGAAGGCGAGAUCCCCCAGGAACUUCUAAGGAAAUAUAUCCUCUACGCGCGAGAGAGAUGCCAGCCGAAGCUCUACCAGAUCGAUCAAGACAAGAUCGCCAGACUCUUCGCCGACAUGAGACGCGAGUCCCUGGCGACUGGCGCCUAUCCCAUCACGGUCCGCCAUCUCGAAGCCAUCAUGCGUAUCGCAGAAGCAUUCUGUAAAAUGCGUCUGUCAGAAUACUGCUCCUCGCAGGAUAUCGAUCGUGCCAUUGCGGUCACUGUCGAUUCAUUUAUAGCCAGUCAAAAAGUUAGCUGUAAGAAGGCUCUUUCUAGGGCUUUCGCCAAGUAUACCCUCUCCAGACCAAAGCCCCAGUCUCAUCGGAGAGCAGGCAUUCCUGUCCCGAACCCUUAUAGAAGUCGGAGACAACUGCAACAACAGCGUGCUACUGUGCGAUGAAUUCUAAACUCGGAAGAUAUGAAAAAGAAAAAAAAAAGCAAUGAAUCGAAAUAAUGUAUGAAGGUUUCCAAGUGUUCCAUUACGCGGCCAUUAAUAUUUGUUUAUUCCUUUCUUUUUCUUCGUUUGUUUACUAUCGACAUGUUCAAUGGGUUAAGGUGGAUAUCUACUGGGUUUUGUCUAUAGGAGUUGCUCGGAUAGGAUAAAUU